AUGCACAAGCAGCAGCAGCAGCAGCAGCAGCAGCUGCACCAACAGCAGCAGCAGCACCAGCAGCCGCUGCAGUGGCAGCAGCUGCACCAACAGCAGCAGCACCCGCCGCACCAGCAGCAGCAGCAGCAGCCGCUGCACCAACAUCAGCUGCCGCUGCAACUGCAGUCGCUGCAGCUGCAGCAGCCGCUCCACAAGCAAGAGCCGCAGCAGCAGCAGUCGCUACAGCAGCAGUCACUGCAGCAGCAGCCGCUGCGGCAGCUGUCGCUACAGCAGCCGCAGCAGCAGCAAUCGCUACUGCAGCAGUCACUGCAGCAGCAGCCGCUGCGGCAGCUGUCGCUACAGCAGCAGCAGCAGCAGUCACUGCAGCAGCAGCCGCUGCAGCAGCUGUCGCUACAGCAGCAGCAGCAGCAGAAGUCACUACAGCAGCAGCCGCUGCGGCAGCUGUCGCUACAGCAGCAGCAGCAGUCACUGCAGCAGCAGCCGCUGCAGCAGCUGUCGCUACAGCAGCAGCAGCAGCAGCAGUCGCUACAGCAGCAGCCGCUGCAGCAGCUGUCGCUACAGCAGCAGCAGCAACAGUCGCUGCAGCAGCAGCCGCUGCAGCAGCCGUCGCUACAGCAGCAGCAGCAGCAGCAGUCACUGCAGCAGCAGCCGCCGCGGCAGCUGUCGCUACAGCAGCAGCAGCAGCAGUCACUACAGCAGCAGCCGCUGCGGCAGCUGUCGCUACAGCAGCAGCAGCAGCAGUCGCUACACCAGCAGCCGCUGCAGCAGCUGUCGCUACAGCAGCAGCAGCAGCAGCAGUCACUACAGCAGCAGCCGCUGCGGCAGCUGUCGCUACAGCAGCAGCAGCAGCAGCAGCAGUCGCUACAGCAGCAGCCGCUGCGGCAGCUGUCGCUACAGCAGCAGCAACAGCAGUCGCUGCAGCAGCAGCAGCAGCCGCUGCAGUGGCAGCCGCUGCACAAGCAGCAGCAGCAGGAGCCGCUGCAGCAGCAGCCGCUGCACAAGCAGCAGCAGCAGCAGCCGCUGCAGCAAGAGCCGCUGCAGCAGCAACCGCUGCACAAGCAGCAGAAGCAGCAGAUGCUGCAGCAGCAGCCGCUGCAGCAGCAGUCGCUGCAGCAGCAGCAGAAACCGCUGCAGCAGCAGCAGCAGCAGUCGCUACAGCAGCAACCGAUGCAGCGGCAGUUGCUGCAGCAGCAACCGCUGCAGCAGCAAUCGCUGCAGCAGCAGACGCUGCAGCAGCAGUCGUUGCAGCAGCAGCCUCUGUACCAGCAGCAGCAACAGCAGCAGCAGAUGCUGCAGCAGCAGCCGCUGCAGCACCAGUCAUUGCAGCUGCAGCCGCUGCACAAGCAGCAGCAGCAACAGUCGCUGCAUAAGCAGCAGCAGCAGCAGCUGCCGCCGCUGCAGCAGCAGCAGCAGCCACCGCCGCUGCAGCAGCAGCAGCAGCUGUUCAGCGAGACUGGCCCUUCCCCCAGCGCAUUUGUGGGGCCCCUUAGGCCUAUCGAAAGGUCUCCGCCUGACAGAGCAGCAGCGGCUCAAGCUGCAAAACGAGGCUCAGCAGCAGCAGCAGCAGCAGCAGCAGCAGCAGCAGCAGCAGCAGCAGCAGCAGCGCUGCCAGCCACUGCAACAGCAGCAGGCAGCAGGGGCAGCGAGGCCGAGGCAGCAGCAGGAAUAAGGAAGCUGGAAAGGAAACACCAAGGAGAAAAGUUGUUGAAUAAAGAAAAAGAAAUAAAAAGUGCCACUCAAAGAAAACCCCAAGAGGGGCCCCCCACAAAACCGGGGGGCCCCUCACGCCGCUCUGCUGCUGCUUCGGGCGCAGCAGCCCCUGAUCUCUUCGCCUGCCUGCGGGCUUCCUCUAUAGCAUGCAGCAGCAGCAGCAGCAGCAGCAGCAGCAGCAGCAGCAGCAGAUGCAGCAGCAGAUGCAGCAGCGGAGUCCCCUUGGGUCUCCUUGCUGCCAAUCGCGUCCACCUCACGCCGAUGCAUCAGAGAGACAGCAGGAGGGCCCCCCGAGGCUACGGCGUCUCCCCAGUGGCCCCCCCGCAGCAGCAGCAACAGCAGCAGCAACAGCAGCAGCAGCAGCAGCAGCGGCAGAACUCUGUGCCGGAGCUCCCGGCUGCCUUCAUUGAGGCCUUUGGGCUCCAGAACGCUUCGGCGCUCCUGUGGGGCAGCGCAGCUACGGGGCCACAGCAGCAGCAGCAGCGCAAACAGCAGCAGCAGCAGCAGCAGCAGCAGCAGUCGCUGCUGCAGCGGCCGCGUCGGGGCUCAGUGAGGCCGCAGCAACUGAACAACUCCUCUGGCCGCCGCCAAAGCUAUAUGAAGCCGCGGUAG